UUGACAGAUGCGAUAACCAACGCGGGUGUACUGUAUCGCUCAUUAUAAAAGUGCGAGGAAAAAUACAGUUGUUCAAACAGAGAAGGUAUACACGUCUCAUCGGUGAACAUAAUUUCGUGGUCCUUACGAAUUGUGGAAAUAAUGAAAUUUUCAACGAGGACUUUUGAUAAUAAGUGAAUUUCAUAUUCGGUAAAAACACGAGCAGAUUAUUGACGAGUUAAAAAUUGUACGCUCGAAAAAUCGGCUUUAUCGUGCGGAAAUUUUAAACAAUCGUGUAAUUACAGGUACAGUACCUAAAACCGACACGUAAGAUCGUCGUUGAAUGUAUUUACAUGAAUUUGAUUCGAAGGAAAUUGCCACCACACCUUUGCAGGUGAUGGCUAUAGUAUCGAUUUAGUCCGCAGAGAGGGUGCAAUAAGUAAUCUAUAAACGAUCGAAGUAGUUCCAAGCGGUUUUACACCAGCUAAAUGUUUCACGUGAUGUGUUAUACCUACGUAGUACCUAGAGACAACAGUCUGCACUUGGCCUCCUUUCUCGUAUCGCGUCGAGGCGAAUAGCCUUUGGCGAAGGUCGCAUUGAUUUCAAUUGAAUAUUCAACGAUCCGACCAUUAAAUGACUCGGUGAUGAAAUCUGAACGUGAAUCAGCUGGUCCCGCAGUUCAGCAAGAGGAAUCUGUGCGGCGAAAAACAACUCGCAGGAUUGAAGGAAAUCCCUCGGAUCACGUAUCAUCAUUCGCGAGAAAUGACCAUACGACACGUAACACCGUGAUGACAGCGUUAUAGUUAGGAGCAACGACGUAAAGACGCUCUACACAAAUGGCUACUACUACAGCCAAUAUUUCCCUCUCGAAGAAAAUAUGGCUGCGGAAAAAACCCUGCGAUUUUCCGUACGUGCGCCAAGGGACGCUCACAUUUUACUGGCUCCUUCGCACCAGGCUGACGGACCUGUCUACGAAAUAGUCCUCGGAGCACACGAUAACACGGUAAAUUACAUAAGGGGAAGAUGCCCUUGUCAGGAAGAGCCGAGUGCGACGAUCCGUACGGUAAACCUUCUGAAUCAGCAAGAAUUCCGGAACUUUUGGAUAAGGAUAAAAUCGGACACCCGGAGGACGUUCAUUCAAGUUGGUAUCGGAGGGAAGGACACCCCUUUCCACGAAUGGCGUGACCCACGACCUCUGAACGCCCAGUAUCUCAGUUUCCGGUCGGGGACCACAGCGGAGUGGAGAUACGGCUAUAGCGACAGUAACUACACCAUAGGCGUCUCUAAGGACAAACGGCAAUCCGUGGUCACGUCGACAGGAUAUGGACAAUACUUUCCACUAUCGGAAAUCGUUAGCCAUUCAGACGAUGCAAUAACGCUUUACUUCACCGCCAGAACAUCCAAAGAAUUUCAAAUUCUUCUCAGCCCUGCAGUAAGCUCUUUGGGCGACGUCUACGAGUUUGGUAUCAGCGGAAGAGGAGCGUACGUCCGUCGACGACAUCUUGGUGAAAAUAAGGCGGCCUUUCAGCAGGACGGAUUUUUAAACGAAAGAGAGCGCAUCCGAUAUUGGAUUAAAUUAACCAGAGACGGUCAGAUACUACUGGGAAAAGGUGGCUCAGCGAACCCGGUCCUCCAGUGGAGAGAUCCUGAUCCUCUAUCGCCACAAUUUGUCAGUUUCAGUUUGCACAGAGCAAGAGGCGAAGAUCCUGACGCGAGCAGUUUCGCAGAUGUUCAGUACUCCCUGGGGCCGGACUACACUUUAAAUUCACAGGACUGCAGACCACGGUGGAGAGAAUCUUCGGGUCAACUACCUCCCGGCGCCGUACGAGGUGGGCGCAACUUGAAGGAUGAGCUUUUCGUUUGCCGUGCGAAUCACGACGGCGAUGUUCUUCCCGGAAGUUUUGUACCAGGCAAAGGCCGGAAGGGCGAGUGUCUGGUGUCUUCGAAUUUCUUCUCCUACCAAAAGACAGAAUUUCAGGUAUUGACGGGGUGUCGCUUCACUUGGUCCCCGGCAACUUUGGGGGGUGUACCAGAGGGUGCAGUUUCAGCUGGAGAAACAUCCGCGAACAUGAAACUGUACGUUUCCAGGGUCACCCACGAGGGCCAGGUGGUAACAGGAAAGCUCCUACCGGAACAUCGACUGACUUACAUUCCGUUCAACGGGCAGGAACUUCCGUUCACGAACUACGAGGUCCUAGUCAAUACGGCACUCGGUCGAGGCUCGUCCGGAAACCGUGGUCAAUCACCCCUCAUCGGCAAGUGAAGUGUCGUAAGGGAGUUGUCUUAUUUUUUCCUCUCUCAAUUUUAAUUCAGCAUUUUAUCGCGCCAAACAAGAAACUAUCUACUAGAGCCAUAGGUACGCGAAAUAAAGAAUUUUUUCUACCCUA